AGAAACCUUCCUAGAACCCCAAUCCAACUUCCUAGAACCCCAUUACAAAUUCAGAUCUCCUGCUCCAGCCUUUUAUUAAACACAAUCCUUAUUACAAUUAGUGCUAUCAAAUACACAUGCUUUACCAUUCUUGCACUUUCCUCAUAGUAAAUGACUAAAUUCUAAACCCACCUACCCUUUCAAAAAUCUUAAUGCCCAUUUCAUUCACAUGCCUUAAGAUUCUCUUCCCAAACAUGGCCACACUUCUUAGAUUGUUCUUUGCUCUUAUCUUCCUUUCAAUCCCUGUUUCAUCCCAGCUUAACCAAUUUUUCUUAGCUGGAUUCAAAGAUGUAGGCACCAACAUAACCUUAAACGGAAUCGCUGAGAUCCAAAAAACUGGCAUUCUUAAAUUAACCAACGAGACCAGUCGGUUAAUGGGCCAUACUUUCUAUACCUCUCCAUUUCAGUUCAAGAACUCCACCAAUGGUAAAGCUUUCUCUUUUUCCACAUCUUUUGUUUUUACCAUAGUCCCCGAGUAUCCAAAGCUCGGAGGCCACGGCCUUGCUUUCACAAUCGCAACCACUAAGGAUCUACAAGCUCAUCCAAGCCAGUACCUUGGCCUUUUCAAUCCUAGCGAUGUGGGAAAUUCCUCAGAUCAUCUCUUCGCAGUUGAGUUCGACACUGUCCAAGACUUCGAGUUCGGAGACAUCAACGACAACCAUGUUGGAAUCGACAUCAAUAGCUUAACCUCCAAUGCCUCAGCCACCGCAGCAUACUUCACCGACAGUUCAACAAAACAAGACCUUAACCUCAAGAGUGGGAAAGCUAUUCAAGCUUGGAUCGACUACGAUUCAGUUCAAAAUGUUCUCAACGUUACCAUUUCUCCAUUUUCUUCUAAACCCAGUAAGCCAAUCUUAUCUUUUCCUUUAGAUCUCUCACCAAUCCUUCAAGAAUCCAUGUACGUUGGAUUCUCUGCUUCAACGGGUUUGCUUGCGAGCUCACACUAUGUUUUGGGCUGGAGCUUCAAGAUUAAUGGGCAAGCUCCAGCUCUUGAUCUCUCUUCUCUGCCUUCACUACCUGGACUCAAGAAGCAACAAUACACAGCUCUAAAAGUAGGUGUUUCUGUUUCAGCUAUUGUUCUUGCACUAUCUACAAUUUUCGUUGCUAUAUACUUGUUCAGGAAGAUUAAGAACGCCGACAUAGUCGAAGAUUGGGAGCUUGAACUAGGCCCACAUCGUUAUUCUUACCAAGAACUAAAGAAAGCAACCAAUGGUUUCGGAGAAAAAGGGCUACUUGGUAGUGGUGGUUUUGGUCUAGUUUACAAAGGUACGCUUCCGAAUUCAAAAACCCAAGUUGCUGUUAAGAGAAUCUCCCACAAAUCCCAACAGGGUUUGCGUGAAUUUGUAUCGGAAAUCGCUAGCAUUGGUCGACUUCGCCACCGGAAUUUGGUUCAAUUAUUGGGUUGGUGUCGUAAACGAGGCGAUCUUCUUCUUGUGUAUGAUUUUAUGGCUAAUGGGAGCCUAGAUAAUUCCUUGUUUGAUGAGCCAAAAACAGUCCUUUCUUGGGAGCAAAGGUUCACCAUCAUAAAGGGUGUUGCUUCUGGGCUUUUGUAUCUACACGAAGGCUAUGAACAAGUUGUGAUUCACAGAGAUGUUAAGGCUAGCAACGUGUUACUAGACAGUGAACUCAAUGGAAGACUAGGCGAUUUUGGACUAGCAAGACUAUGUGAACACGGGUCGAACCCGGGUACAACUCGGGUCGUUGGCACUUUAGGCUAUCUUGCACCAGAGUUGCCUAGAACAGGAAAGGCCACAACAUGUUCAGAUGUGUUUGCAUUUGGUGCACUUUUGCUCGAGGUUGCUUGUGGGCGUAGGCCCAUUGAGCCCAAGGCAAUGCCGGAAGAGUUGGUCUUGGUCGAUUGGGUUUGGGACAGGUUCAUUGAAGGAAAGCUACUUGAUGUGAUGGACCCAAGGUUGAAUGGUGAUUUUGAUGAGAGUGAGGUGGUGAUGGUGUUAAAGUUGGGGCUAAUGUGUUCAAAUAAUGUACCAAUGGCACGGCCUAGUAUGAGACAAGUGGUGAGGUACUUGGAAGGAGAGGCUAACAUCUCGGAUGAUUUGAGAGCCCCGAGUGAGUUCAAUGGAGGAAAGGGUCAUGUGGAAGGGUUUGAUGAUUUUGUGCACUCGUUUGCAUCUUCCUCGUUUGGAAAGAUGGACUCGUUCUCAUCCACAAUGAAUAGAAAUAGAAGUGUCAGUUUUGCUUCUCUUUCUAAUUCACCUCUCUCCCUUCUUCAAGGCAGAGGGGAAACUAGGUAGUGACUAGUGACCAGUGACAAAAAAUUUAGCAGAAAAAUCUUGCUUCUUCUUUUCUUUUCUUUUUUUCCUUAAAAAAAAAAAAAAAAUACCUUGUGAGAUUCCAUUUGAUUUUUUAGAAAACCUUCCAAGGAAGUUUUUGACUUGAAGGAAGAAAAAAAAAAAUCCAAGAAAUUCAUAUGCAAAUGUUUGAUUUUGUGUGUUAAACUACUAAUAUAGCAUGUUUCGCAAUGAGUGAACCUUAAUACCUCUGAAGGAUGAGCUAACAUCUCCUGUUGUAAUACCAUUUCUCUUUCACAAAAUUUGUAAAAGUGAAGGUUUUGUGGGUAAUUACUCUCAAAGUCAUUUUCUUGUACACAAUAUUGCAUUUUGUAUGACUACAACAAAUUUCUCCCCUUCGA